CACGCUUGGAUCCGCAGGGCCAUCAAUCAUCCCUCCCCACCUCAUCCGAUCCUAAUACUACCUAGGUCUCAAAUAAUAUCAAUAGGUACCUACCUGUUUAGGUUACAUCUGUAGGCAGGCAUAUACCUACCUAAUGGAAUAUCAAGGCUGGUUUUUUUCUUUUUCAUUAUUGUAGCAUGUCAUUCAAGGCACCUAGUAUGGGAUCGGAAAGUCUCUCCCGGACACCCUUUCCGAAAUCUCAAACCAAAACUAGGCCGCGCAUCAUGUGGGUUUUUGGUAUUUUAGCCAUCGUACUCUGGGCCGUUCGGGGUUACGCUUGGGAUGCUGGAGGAACACAAAAGAAAGUUGCUGAGGAUGCCAAGACAUCCUUGCAGGAUAUUGUCACUUGGGAUAGUCAUUCGUUAUAUGUGAAGGGAGAAAGAGUUAUGAUUAUGAGCGGCGAAUUUCAUCCGUGGAGGCUUCCCGUCCCAUCCUUAUGGCUUGAUAUUUUCCAAAAAGUUAAGGCGUUGGGAUUUAACUGCAUCUCUUUUUACAGUAACUGGGCUCUUUUGGAAGGUAAACAAGGGAAUUUCUCAGCACAAGGUGUAUUUUCCUACGAGCCAUUCUUCGAGGCUGCAACUCAAGCUGGCAUCUAUCUCAUAGCACGACCAGGGCCUUAUAUAAAUGCCGAGGUAAGCUUCGGUGGGUUUCCUGGAUGGCUUCAACGCAUCAAGGGGCAGCUAAGGACAUCAGAUAAGGACUCCUUGGCGGCUACGGACAAUUAUAUUUCCCAAAUUGGCGCCAUUAUUGCGAAAGCCCAAAUCACGAACGGUGGCCCUGUGAUACUAUAUCAACCAGAGAAUGAAUAUACAGUUGGCGUCUCUAUCCCAUUCCCCAACGGCAAAUACAUGCAAUACGUGGAGGAUCAGGCGCGGAACGCAGGAAUUGUCGUACCUCUCAUUAGCAACGAUGCAGCGCCACUGGGCACUAACGCUCCUGGUACAGGGUUAGGUGCCGUGGAUAUCUACGGACACGAUGCUUAUCCAGUUAUGUUUGACUGUGGAAAUCCUUCUACCUGGCCGCCAUUGGCAUUAUCAGGAGUCUAUCACCAGACGCACGAGUUGCAGAGUCCAUCCACCCCUUUCUCACUCUUAGAGUUCCAAGGCGGCGCCUACGACCCUUGGGGAGGACCGGGAUUCAACAAUUGUGCAGCGUUUAUCAACCAUGAAUUCGAGCGCGUCUUCUUCAAGAACAAUUUUGCCGCAGGGGCAACUAUCCACAACAUAUACAUGAUUUUCGGGGGGACCAAUUGGGGCAACAUUGGACAUCCGGGAGGGUAUACAUCCUACGACUAUGGGGCGGCCAUAUCGGAAGAUCGAUCGCUUACGAGAGAGAAAUACUCGGAAUUGAAGCUACAGGCCCAAUGGUUGAAAGUGUCGCCGGAUUACCUGACUGCAGAGCCUGGGCCUGCUCUGGUGUGGACGUAUGCUAACAACGCUGCCGUCACGGUAACUCGACUGGCUGGAAAUAGUUCAGCUGGCAGUGGGUCAUUCUUCGUCGUCCGUCAUAGUGAUUAUACCAGCACUACUUCCGAUAAUUAUACGAUGAAGCUCCCAACAUCACAAGGGGACAUAUCAGUUCCUGCGUUGUUUGAUGACCUCACCCUCCAUGGCAGAGAUUCGAAGAUCAUAGUCACCGAUUAUGAUGUUAAGGGGAUUAAACUUCUAUAUUCUACUGCCGAAAUCCUAACACACCAGAAAUUCGGACACAUGACUGUCCUUGUCGUGUAUAGCGGAGCGAGUGAAAUGAACGAGCUUGCCGUGCAAAUUAAAAGCACCACUCCAGUUAUAUCGGAUGAUUCUGUAAAAGUGAACAGGACAAAGCAGCUUGUUACUUUAGCCUGGCCUACUCCAGAGACAAGGACUGUUGUUCAGAUCGAUAAUUUUCACAUUUAUAUUCUAGAUCGAAAUUCAGCUUACAAUUAUUGGGUACCCGAGAUCAACAAGUCCUCAUCACUGAUUGUCAGUGGGCCAUAUCUCGUCAGAUCUGCCUCUUUCGACAAUGGCGCGCUGUCACUAUCUGCGGACUUUAAUAGAUCAACGGUGGUCGAAGUUGUCGGCGCCCCUCACAAUACCGCCGUUCUCAAGAUUAACGGAAAGGCGACCGAAUUCAAGAAGGAGGAAGGAAGAAUCGUAGCCAAUGUUCCAUUAUCAGCUCCCUUGCUCGACAUACCUGCUCUAUCUAGGUUAUCCUGGACAUACAUCGACUCCCUCCCGGAGAUAAAAGCGUACUAUGACGAUUCCACUUGGUUGGCGGCAGAUCAUAAGUCAACGAAUAAUUCCUACCAGACUAUGCAUACGCCUACCUCACUCUUCGCUGGUGAUUACGGUUUCAACGCUGGAGUGCUACUUUUCAGGGGCCAUUUUACCGCCAAGGGUACCGAGAAGUCUUUUAAAAUCAAGACCCAGGGUGGCACUGCCUACGGCCACUCAAUCUGGCUCAACGACACCUUUCUAGGGUCAUGGAUCGGCAGCCCUAGUGCUUCGAACUACGAGGCAACCUAUGAGCUUCCAAGUCUUGUGCUAGGAGCGCCGUACGUCUUCACAGUCGUAAUUGACCACAUGGGACUGGACGGCAAUUACGUCCCCGGUAUCGACACCGGUAAAGCGCCCCGCGGGAUCCUCAGCUACCGCCUCUCCAGUUCGAUAUUCGAUAGCACUCCUAUAACGUGGAAACUCACUGGUAAUCUCGGGGGCGAAGGCUACAUCGAUCACACCCGGGGUCCCCUGAAUGAAGGCGGUCUCUAUGCUGAACGACAGGGCUACCACCUUCCGCGGCCUCCUAAUGAGGCCUUUACGCCAGGGCCACCGUUCUCAGCACCGAGAAAACCAGGGGUAUUCUUCUAUACAGCGCCGCUCUUGCUCGAUCUUCCGUCCACUACAUACGACAUCCCGCUCUAUUUUUCCUUCCGAAACGUCGCUGGUGGGGCCGUGCGCAUCCAGCUAUACGUGAACGGGUGGCAGUUCGGCAAGUACGUGGGGCAUAUCGGUCCUCAGACCCAAUUCCCAGUUCCGGAGGGGAUCCUGAACUAUAACGGCGAGAAUUGGAUUGGGCUGGCAAUAUGGCGCAUGGAAGAGAGCAGCGACGUGCCUGUGCUUGAUUUUAGGCUCGAGGCUGGCGAGCCAGUUCUGACUGGGCGCGAUCCUGUGAUCUUGGUUGAGAGUCCGGCGUGGUCAAGGCGCCAGGGUGCUUAUUGAUCUUGGCAGUUUACUCAACUCUCAAGGUUUUGAAAUUGUGCAGCGUGCUUUCUGUUAGGUAGUUGAAUGUCAUUCUUAUUAAAGCAUGCCAUAUUCUACGCUAUACUACAUCCUGCCUGGUGUUGAACUGGCUUCUGUUAUCCUGUU